UCGUGAAGGGUUACCAAAGAAACGAUCAAAGCGAAGCUAAAUCAAAAAUCAUAACUGUCAAUUUUCCACCGCUCUUUCUUCAUUUCAACGAUCCUUUGUGUUUCUGCUCAUCAAUGGCGGAUAUGAAGGAUUCUCAUGUCGUUGAAAUCCCAGUAGACGAAGAGCAUCAACAGAAGAAGCUAGUUUGUGUCAUGGACACAAUCUCAGCAAUCCAACACCACCCAUUAAUGGAGAUCUCUCAAAGCCCGGGCCAUCUCUUGCUUCUUAAGCUAUGGCAAAGGGAGGAAGAUCUCUUUGGACGCGUCGUUGCGGCUAAAGAGUCCAGGAUGGACUCAAUCAGAAGAGAAUUGUUUCAACUGUGUUGUUUCUUCUUCGUCUUUCAUGGGUUCUUCUUCACCAUCUUGUUUACCUCGCCAAAGGAGGAGGAACACCACACUUGCAAGAAGUGGUGGAUCCCUUGUGUUCUGUCCUUGUCAACUUCACUUGUGUUUGUGUUCUUGGUUCAGGUCAAGCUUUGCAGGUACUGGAGAGUAUGGAAGCAAUUGCAGAGGGAGAGGAGCGACAGCCGAGCACUCACAAGGUGUAUUCAGGAGCUGAGAAUGAAAGGGUCAAGCUUUGAUUUGUCAAAGGAACCACAGACUGGGAAGAGAAUGAAGAGUUCUAGUGUGGAGAUCAAAUGGAAGCCUCUUACUUGGCUUUCACAGAAUCUGAUAUCCAUUUGUCUUGUUUGCUUUGCAGGUCUGGUGCUUCCUGCUACCAAAUUCAUUCUCUGCUCCUUUUGAUGAUUCUGGAGAUGGCUUUCCUGUUAUUUGAUCAAAUGCAGCCUCGGUGGCUCCUGAAGACCCCGCACUUCCAGGAAAACAAGUUCAACAGACUUCAUAAUGCUAUUUGGAUCCACAAACUAAAGUUAUGCCAGAAGAUUCGAGUACUACUCAUCUGAACGUCUGCAAUAUCUGGGAGGCUCCUUGUGCUUCAAUAUAACCAAGCUCUAGACUUAAUUGAAGGGCAUUCACUAUACAACUAUCUAUAUAUGCUGGAGACUGGAGAGGAAGAGCAGGAAGGGAAGAGAGCUAAGGAAAGCUGCACCACCGAAGCAGUGAUUUGUUUUGUAGCCAAGGCCAUUCCAACAUUGCUCCUUGAACUGCUAUCCUGAGACUGGUCCGAACUGGGCAACACCACUCGUGAGCUGGUUCAUUUGAAUCGAGUAAUCAUCUUUCUAUUUUACAUGUCCAGCACAGAGUCUCUCCAACUGAUUCGUCUGUUCACAGUGUUGUGAAAAUAAUUGGAUCUUUCAUGUUUUUUCAUUAUAAUAUGGAUCGUGCAUUCUUUUUAUGCACACCUUUAGGCCAA